GAAUGAUAAAGGCGGCUGUGCUCCUCUCUGAUCUAUAAUCAUCAAAUUCAUCAAACAAGACUCAACUAUCAAGCGGCUGAUACGACCAGUGGUGCGGCGUCAAGCUAGAGCGGGUCCUUUCUUUCUCCGCACUCCCAGGUGUUGACCCAUAUACCACUGACAGGAACAGCUGCGGCGAUGAGCUCCUAGGGCCACAUAUACUCGCUCUGAUCGGAUGGCAAGAUGAUGUCCUCUAAUAUCUUGUCUCGCUUCCUACCCCCCACGGACUCCCCCUCGGUAUACGAGGCAAUCCGCGAACACGACGCCGGGUCCGAUUCCUCUGAUAUCGAAGAGCGCGCUGGGUUGGCCCACGAGGGGGACUAUAGGGAACACUUCAGUGACGGGGAGUUAGAGGAUGCACUGGCGGAUGCAGUCCGGAGUGAAGCCUCCAGCCCAAGUGCCGGCUUGUUAGGUCCCAGAACGUCUGGGAAGGCAGCAGAUCGUCAUGCCUCACCGUCUCAAACUCGCCGGCGGAAACCUUCACGGCCACAUUGGAUGACCCAGCCAUCACCCCCGGGGUAUGAGCUUGAUGAUCGAGAUGAGGAUGUACCGCAAUCACUAUUGGUCGAGGGGCAUGACGACGAAGUUUUGAAGUCGCGUUUGCCUCCUCCACCUCAUAGCAUGCCCAGUCGAUCGAGAACUCCCAGUCCUCGACCAUCACCUCCACCUGAUCUGCCACGUCGGCAAACACGUCAAGCGCAAACCAUACUAGGCACUGCGAGUACUCACCCUGUGGCCCGUUGGUUCAUUGCACAACAACACCCGAGCUUAAGCAACACUGACCCCAAGAAGAAAGCCAUGUGGCGGUGGGCCAACGUGGAAAACCUGGACAACUUUCUCAAGGAUGUGUAUACCUAUUUCCUAGGAAAUGGGUUUUGGUCGAUCCUAUUGAGUCGGACCUUGAACCUUUUGACGUUUGCUUUCGUGGUCGGAUUCACAACUUUUCUGACCAACUGCGUUGACUACCACAAGGUUCGCGGCAGCAAGUCCCUGGACGAGAUUCUCGUUCCCAAAUGCACAUCCAAGAUGUCCGGCUCGGCCACCUUUUUACUUUGGCUGCUGAGCUUUUUCUGGAUCAGCAAGCUCUUCCAGCUUUUGCUGGAUAUUCGUAGACUCAAGCACAUGCAUGACUUCUAUUACUAUCUGCUUGGGGUGUCUGAUGCUGAAGUCCAGACGAUCUCCUGGCAAGAGGUAGUCAGCCGCUUGAUGACACUGCGAGAUGCCAAUCCAGCCACAGCCGCCGCAGUAUCAGCCAAGCAUCGAAAGUACCUGCGCAGCCAGUCAAAGCAACGCAUGGACGCCCACGAUAUUGCCAAUCGCUUGAUGCGAAAGGAGAAUUACAUGAUUGCACUCGUCAACAAAAACAUCAUGGACUUGACACUGCCGAUACCAUUCCUCCGCAAUCGACAGCUUUUUUCGCGAACUUUGGAAUGGAAUCUCAACCUUUGCAUUAUGGAUUACGUGUUCAACGAGCAGGGCCAAUUGCGAACCAUCUUCCUCAAAGAUACCCACCGAAGAGCGUUGAGCGAUGGCUUACGACGACGUUUCAUCUUUGCCGGCAUUAUGAACAUUUUCAUCGCCCCAUUCAUAGUCGUCUACUUCCUGAUGCAUUACUUUUUCCGCUAUUUCAACGAGUUCAAGAAGAAUCCGUCCCAAAUUGGCUCGCGUCAAUACACCCCACUGGCGGAGUGGAAGUUCCGCGAAUUCAACGAGCUCUGGCAUCUCUUUGAGCGUCGCAUUAACAUGUCUUACCCCUUUGCCAGUCGCUACAUCGAUCAAUUCCCCAAGGACAAGACCGUCCAACUGGCUCGUUUCGUCGCCUUCAUAUCUGGUGCACUUGCAUCCGUGCUCGCACUGGCCUCGGUGAUCGAUCCGGAACUAUUUCUUGGAUUUGAAAUCACCCAUGAUCGGACGGUGCUCUUCUAUCUCGGUAUUUUCGGUACUGUGUGGGCAUUCGCCCAGGGAAUGGCACCGGAGGAAACGGACGUUUUUGAUCCGGAGUUUGCUCUUUUGGAGUUGAUUGAUUUCACCCAUUAUUUUCCCUCGACGUGGAAAGGGCGCCUGCACAGUGACGAUGUGCGAAAGGAGUUUGCCGUGUCCUACCAGCUGAAAAUCGUGAUUUUCCUGGAGGAGAUAUUGAGCAUGAUCUUCACGCCCUUUGUCCUGUGGUUCAGUCUGCCAAAGUGUAGCGACCGCUUGAUUGAUUUCUUCCGCGAGUUCACGGUCCAUGUAGAUGGCGUCGGCUACCUAUGCUCCUUUGCGGUAUUCGACUUUAAGAAGGGCACAAAUGUCAUGUCUCAAGGACGGCGUGAUAAUGGCCGCCAGGAUCUGCGCGCCGAUUACUUCUCAACCAAGGAUGGCAAGAUGCUUGCGUCUUACUAUGGCUUCUUGGAUCACUACGGGACCAAUCCUCAAACCAACGCUCGCCGCCCAUUCCAUCCGCCUCCAGGCUUGCCUACCCUCGGGUCUCCCGAGCUAGGCGCCCUUCCCGAACGAUUCGAGCAUCCAACUCGCCCCAGUCCAGCGGGUGGACCAUGGGGCCCACAGUCCAUCGUGGCCGCCUCCAGGUUCCGGCCAGCACCAGCGGGCGAUCCCCGCUCGCCAGGUCCUUCCAUCCUCCUGGAUCCCCAUCAUCAACCCUCUAGCUCCGGCUUCCGCUCUGCAGCACGUCAUGCGCCUCAUCAACGGUCUCGACUUGCACGCUCACAACUACCCAUUGCCAGCACCAUCGAUGACGAAGACCCGCCGUCCCAAGAACCCCGUGAUUCCACAUCGCGCCAGCCAGGUGGUGCCUCUAGUGGAGGUGCCGGUACUGGUGAGAGUAGCCUUGGCGAUUCAUGGCGCAUGAAUCCUCUUGGUCAGGAGGAUGCCGAUGAGGACGAUGAGGGUGAGAACAUUGACGCUAUUGCCGGGGGUGCAGGUGUGCUGGGUCUCAUUCAGCAGUUCCAGAAGGCGAAUACUGAAGGUAGACGGGCCCCAGUGGGAAUCUAG